AUGAUAAGUUACAGCGCAGGUCUUGUGCUACUAGUCGCAGUUCGAUUUUGUUCAGCAAGUAUUUUAAAUGGAGAUAGUUUGAACUUGGUCGCCAGGAACCGUGAUACGUGUUCACCUUGCACCGGGAUUAAAUGUCAAAACUAUGGAACUUGCAAAGCGUACGAAAACUAUCCAGUUUGUCAUUGUGCAGAUCAUUUUAUAGGAUUCACAUGUGGAAUAAAAUUAGCAGAUUACACCUGCGAGACCUAUCUUUGUCUUUUUCAAAAGUCCUUUGAUGCUGGUAAAAAGCAAGGCAUAUGGAAACUUAGACCAAACUAUGUUCAUAACUCCUUAAAUCAACUAAUACCAGUACUGACGAAGGGCGGCACUGCAGUCCUUUCUACUGGCCACAUUCUUUGGGGGAAGUCCAGUUACAUCCUGAACUUGAGGGUCAGGUUCCACAACCCAAAACAUGCAACUGGAGCAGACAAGAUCCUGAUUGUUGUGGACUAUCCUUAUGCAGGGGGUAAAAAAAUUGUAAAGGAACUUCGCCGCUCUGACUUCAAGUCAAACUAUGUCUCCGCUGAGCAGUGUAUUCUCCUUGACCACAAACCAUCGCGGUUUUUUUCGGUGUCCAUAAUCGUAAAAUGUGAGUCUAGAGAAUGCGGAGAGGUACCAAAACAUCAUCAUUACGCAGAUAUCACCGAAAUUGUUUUGCAGGGUGUCGUAAUUCAAAAGAAUGCCGGAGGUUGUGGUCAAGGAUGAUUAUUUUGUAAUUUUUUUGACUUUGUGACAGAGAAUAAUAAAACAAAAACUAUUGCAUGGUUACUGUAUUAUUCUUCAUAAAAUCGAAAACUGACUCAACUGAUGACACAUCACAGUAU